CUCCUCUCCACGUCCUCGUCCGUCUCUCUCCCUCCCUCCUCCAGAGUCCAGAGCAUACUACACACAAACCAAGCAACAAGUACACAGCGUAAAGACACAGAUUUGUCCUAGUAUGCAGCAACCUUAGAAGCAAACACCCAUCACAUAUGUUUCAUUCAUGAUUAUCGCAAGGAUCUAGCCGUCCAAGUGUGCAAGUGCAGCCACUGCUCUUGCUUUAUGGUGAACUGGAUGGAUGCGCACGGAGCAGAUGCAAAGUGCUGCAUGCUGUGAGACUGAAAUCCCGGUCGGAGAGGGACCUAGUGUUGAUAAGAGGAGAGGCAGCUGAUCUGCGAUCCUGUGGUGAUUCGUUCCAUCUUGUAGAUACCAAAUGGCCAUCAUACUUGUACGAGCUGCGUCUCCCGGGCUCUCCGACGCCGUCCGGGACAUCAGCGGCAGCCACCAUGGGAGUCUCCAGUGCUCCACUCUGCUCAACAAGAGGGUACCAGCGCGGCGGUGGACGCUUUGCUCGCUCAGGUACGCAUGCCUUGGCGUCGACCCGGGGGAGGUUGCUCGGAGCUCCGCCGUGUACUCCAGCCUGGCCGUGAACCCGGCAGCGGAGGCCGUCGUCUCAUCAGAACAGAAAGUGUAUGACGUGGUGCUGAAGCAGGCAGCAUUACUGAAACGGCAGCUGCGCGCACAGACGCCACCCGUUCUUGACGCCAGGCCCCAAGAGCUGGAGAUGCCGCGCAACGGGCUCAAGGAGGCCUACGACCGGUGCGGCGAGAUCUGCGAGGAGUAUGCCAAGACGUUCUACCUCGGAACUUUGCUGAUGACAGAGGAGCGGCGGCGCGCCAUAUGGGCCAUCUAUGUGUGGUGUAGGAGGACAGAUGAGCUUGUUGAUGGACCAAACGCUAAUUACAUCACGCCAACAGCUCUUGACCGGUGGGAGAAGAGGCUUGAGGAUCUAUUCGCGGGACGCCCUUACGACAUGCUUGAUGCCGCUCUCUCUGAUACCAUCUCCAGGUUCCCCAUAGACAUUCAGCCAUUCAGGGACAUGAUUGAAGGGAUGCGGAGCGACCUUAGAAAGGCGAGGUAUAAGAACUUCGACGAGCUCUACAUGUACUGCUACUAUGUUGCAGGAACUGUCGGAUUAAUGAGUGUACCUGUGAUGGGCAUCGCACCUGAGUCUAAGGCACCAACUGAAAGUGUGUAUAGUGCUGCCUUGGCUCUCGGAAUUGCAAACCAGCUCACGAAUAUACUCCGGGAUGUUGGAGAGGAUGCAAGACGAGGGAGGAUAUAUUUGCCACAAGAUGAACUCACACAGGCAGGGCUCUCUGACGAGGACAUCUUCAAUGGGGUCGUGACAAAGAGAUGGAGAAUUUUUAUGAAGAGGCAGAUCAAGAGGGCUAGAAUGUUUUUUGAGGAGGCAGAAAGAGGGGUGACUGAGCUCUCGCAGGCUAGCAGAUGGCCCGUUUGGGCCUCUCUAUUGUUGUACCGCCAAAUACUCGAUGAGAUUGAAGCAAACGACUACAACAACUUCACAAAGAGGGCCUAUGUUGGUAAAGGGAAGAAAUUGCUAGCGCUUCCUGUUGCGUAUGGGAAAUCACUACUACUGCCGUGUUCAUUGAGAGGUAGCCCAGACCUAGCCGCCAGAAAAAACAAGACAAGAUGAUCAGGUUAGGCUAGAUAGAAAUAGGGCGAUGUCAUAACAUCAGCCCAACUCAAAUUAGACAAUCUGGUGAAUUGGUGGAGUUAUUGUUGAGGUGUAUCAUAUGAACUGUUGGGGGCAAGCACAGAUAAAACACUGCAACCAACCUAGAUGAAGAUUGAAUGUAUGCAUGUAUAUCCUCUUGGAACGUAUGUCUCUGAAGAAAAGAAGGACACGAAUACUAGUUUUUUAUCCCGGAUUUGGGGCAAACGAAA